UAAAAUAUUUGCUCAGUAUGAGAGAUCAAUUCGGUCGGAGAACAUGUUAGUACACCGUACGUGUGUACUCGUAGCUCGAACUUGAAAGAUCGGUUGUAAUUUUUAGCACAGAGGAAAAAGGUGCGCGCGCAAUGGAAGUAGAACAAUCGCCCGCGGUGUCUUGUUUACCAACAGCUACAUCGUCGACAGCUAAUGGUAAAAUGUCGAAGGCGAAAAAAGUCAUCGAAGAUGCGAAACAAAUCCAAAAUCCGGAAUUGGAUUUGGUCGACAAAAAUGUCUCGUCGUUCGAAGAAAUCCCUGGCAUAUUGAAUAUGCUAAAUAUCACACGUAUCACACUGAGUCACAACAAGUUGAAAAGUAUCCCGCCUGGAUUGGCUAAUUUGGUCAACUUGGAGAUAUUGAACUUGUUCAAUAAUGCCAUCGAAGAGUUACCUAUUUCCAUAUCGUCACUGCCGAAAUUAAGAAUACUCAAUUUAGGAAUGAAUAAACUGGAUGCUCUUCCUCGUGGAUUCGGAGCUUUGCCAGCAUUGGAAGUGUUGGACCUAACCUAUAACAAUUUGAAUGAAAACAGUCUUCCAGGAAAUUUCUUCAUGUUGGAAACAUUACGAGCUUUAUACUUGGGUGAUAAUGACUUCGAAACGAUCGCACCAGAAAUUGGGCAGCUGAAAAAUUUACAAAUUUUGGUGCUGAGAGAAAACGAUUUGAUCGAGCUUCCUAAAGAAAUAGGCGACUUGCAAAGGCUUCGAGAACUCCACAUCCAAGCCAACAGAUUAACGGUUUUACCACCAGAAAUAGGCAAUUUAGAUUUCCUGAGUUCGAAAUCUAUUCUCAGAAUGGAUUUCAACCCUUGGGUACCACCUAUCGCUGACCAAUUACAAAUUGGAAUAUCUCACGUAAUCGAUUACAUCAGAAGUGAAACGUACAGAUAUUUAUACAGUCGUCACACUGCCACCAAACCUCCUCCCCCACCGCAGAUCGUCGACAAAAGCAAGAAAAUUUCAAGAAUGCGUUGAUGUAAUCACUUUUAAAACUCACGUUCAUUUUAUUUCGCAUAAGUUUUUUCGCAUUUUAUAUUUUUCACUCCAUAUGUGAUUUUUAAACUUUUCAUCUACUUUUUAACAUUUUUUUUUCCUUAUGUAGUAGUUGAUUAAACAUUAAAAUUAUUUGUUCGCUAA